AUGAAGAAUUCCAAAAGACUCUCCGUCAGUCAUUUCCAGGCCGGGCCUGGAAGCCGCACAAGCUUCCAGGAGCUUCCGGGAUUUCGCUCUCAAAGGUCCCACAGCCGCCGCCCACCGCAGCCGCCCAUGAAAGAGAUAUCAAAUUCGGGUGGUUCGCCCCCUCCCCUCCCCUUCACCUCCUUCCACUCGCCUUUCCAUCCAACCUACUACUGCUCCCCUACCCACCUUCCCCUCUCCCUCCCUACCCAUACCCCUUCCUCUCCCACCUUCCCCCUCCCAUUGCCCUCUCCCCGCCCCUACCUCCCCUUCCCCUUCACCUCCCAUCACCCUCCCCUUCUCCUCCCCUCCCCCUCCUCCUUCUUUCCCCUCCCAUUAUCCUCCACCAACUUUCACCUUUCUUCCCCUUCCCUCUCCCCCUCCUCCUGCCUUCCCCCUCCCUUUACUCUCGCCCCACCUCCCCCUCUAUUCCCCUCCCCCAUCUCCUUCUUCUCCUCCUCCACUUCCCCACCCCCUCCCUAUACUUUCGCCCUACCUCCCCUCUUUUCCCCUCCCCCUCCCCUCGCCUCCCCGCCUUCUACCCUCCCCUCUUCUCCCCUUCCCCCUCCUCCUUCUCCUUCCCCCUCCUCCCCCUCCCGCUCCCCUCCCCUCCCCCUACCCCUUACCCCAUCCCCCUUCCCUCGAAACCUCAUCAAGUAA